CCGCACUCCAAAAUGCCUCCGAAAAUGUCAGCACACCCGAAAUAUGAAGACAUGGUGAAGGCUGCCAUUUUAGCCUUGAAGGACAAGAAAGGCUCAUCCGUGCCUGCCAUCGCUAAGUAUCUUGCGGCCAACUUCAAACUUCCUGCCAACUUCAAGAAGAUCCUCUCGACUCAGCUCAAGAACCUCGUCAAGGCCGGCAAAUUAUUGAAGAUAAAAGCUUCCUACAAACUCGGAGAUGCUCUGAAAAAGGCCCCGAAGAAGCCCAAGAAGAAGGCCGCCAAGAAGCCCAAGAAGAAGGCCGCCAAGAAGCCCAAGAAGAAGGCCGCCAAGAAGCCCAAGAAGGCCAAGAAGGCUGCUGCCAAGAAGGCUGUGAAGAAGCCCAAGAAGGCCAAGAAAGCGACGAAGAAGGCUGUCUCCAAGAAAAAGUAAAGCGCUGCAUGGACAUCUCAGAUAUUACGGUGUCACUUGACACCACCAUCUUUUAAGUAUCUCUCUUGCUUCUUCUCCACUGAUCAGAAACGAAACUGUUUUAUUAUUUAAAUCCGUGGGUUGAACGCUUCUCGCGACAAAUACGUGUGUUCAUGCUUUUCUUUUACUUUAUAGUCCACAUAAUUAUCUUAGGUGACUGCUUUCACUCCCACUGAAGAGGAGGGGAUGACCCGGUAACCAAACAGUAAAUGUUACAGCACAAAGGGCGCCCUCACUCGGCUGAUUCGAUCUCCGGCAAUCCGUGACUUGGGCACUCUGUGUGCAACCCUCAUGAUGGAUGAGGAUUAAUCCCAUGAAUCGUGUGGAGAAGCUCCGAGGGGAGAGUGGAUGUUUCUUACUGAUGACAAGGCUGUCGCAGUAAGCCCUGAGGAGGUGCGUCGUUGGGCGGGGCAUUCGUUUUCCUGACGCAGCGCCAAGGACCCACUCUACCAGUGGAUCGAGGCCAAGAGUCGGAACUCAGAUCGUUGCGUAGAAAAUGAUUAAGAGUAUAAAUAGAGAUAACGGUACGCAG